AUAUAUAUGUAUAUUUAUUUAUUUAAAAGCUGUAUGUAAACUCAAAUCAACCAGCCAUGAACUGAUAGCAAGUGAGGGGAUGUCGAUAUCCAUGGCCUUGCUUUCUCCGCCUCAUCCUCCCACAUCGCUCUCUUCUACCUUCUCCUUCAACCCUUCUUCCUCUCCUUUCUCCUCCAGGAAACCCUUGCUUCUCCUCGCUGUCCCCAGGGCUUCAGCAGAUAAUGGACCUGGAACUCCUGUCUCCUCUGCUACUACCCUCGAAGCUCCCAACAAGGUUGAAACCUCUCUGGGAUCAAAUGGCGCCGCCAAAUUGGAGGCAGUCACUGCUAAAUUUCAGGAUUCGAGAUGGAUUGGAGGGACUUGGGACUUGAAGCAGUUCCAAAAAGAUGGAAGUACUGAUUGGGAUGCGAUUAUUGAUGCUGAGGUUAGGAGGAGAAAAUGGUUCGAGGAGAACCCAGAGACAACCAGUAACGAUGACCCUGUUGUUUUUGACACCUCCAUUGUACCUUGGUGGGCAUGGAUGAAGAGGUUCCAUUUACCUGAAGCUGAACUACUUAAUGGACGGGCUGCGAUGAUAGGGUUCUUUAUGGCUUAUUUCGUUGAUAGCCUCACAGGAGUAGGACUGGUGGAUCAAAUGGGAAAUUUCUUUUGCAAAACGCUCUUGUUUAUCGCUGUUGUUGGAGUGCUAGUCAUCCGAAAGAACGAGGAUAUAGAAACCAUCAAGAAGUUGCUGGAGGAAACGACAUUUUAUGACAAGCAAUGGCAGGCAGCAUGGCAGGACAAGAAGUCAAGCGGUUCCAAGUAUGAAUAGUUUGUACCUUUUAUAAAGGUCUGCUUUCUUCAUAUCCUUGGUGUGCUUAGUGUAACCUGUGCUAUCCGGGUAAUGCUAUUGCAGGGUAGAUGUUGGUGAGGUUUAGUCCUCAAUUUCUUAAAUUUUAUGCAAGAUGUUUUUAGUUUCGGUGGUGAUCAAUAGUCCCCAAGUUUCUUAACUUUAUGGAAGAUGCUAGUGCGAUGUAGAUCAUAGCGAGUGUCAGUAAAUUUCUUAAAUUUUAUGCACUAUGUGUAGGUUGUAGUUAGGGAAUGUUCAAUUUCUCUUUAUAAAUUAUCCUAUUGUCUUUAUUUGGUUUGAAA